GAAUCAUCUAUUCCCUCACAAUGGGGACAUACUACCCUGGAAGUCACUAGCUUUUCAAAUCCAUACAGCAGAAACGGUGAGAUUUGCCAAGCCUUCUGAAGGAUGACUGGAUUCACAUCAUGCAGGUAAAGAUGACAUCUCCAGACUGGCAACUCUAUUUAAAGCUGGUGGAUCAGCCCAAAUCCACCUUCCACUUCCCAGAGAUGAUGCCAGGGGAUGUUUCACCUGGAGGAUACAGAGUCGCUACUUUAAAACAACUUGUUGCAGCACAGCUCCCAGACUCCAUCCCAGAUCCUGAACUAAUAGAGCUGGUCCAUUGUGGAAGGAAACUUAAGGAUGACUUAACACUGGAUGCUAGUGGGAUUCAACCAGGAUCCACUUUACAUAUCCUCAGAAAGACAUGGCCAGAGCCAGAGAGCAGUCCAGAGCCUGUAAACAGAGCUACUGCUGCUAGGGAAUUCAGGGUGUUUCAUGCUGCCCUUCACUCGCUCAACUCUACCUACAGGGACUCGGUCUAUAAAAUGCUGACAAAUAAAGAAUCUUUGGAUCAGAUCAUUGUAGCUACACCAGGGCUCAGGUCAGACCCUGUAGCUUUAGGUGUGCUCCAAGACAAAGAUCUCUUUGUGCAGUUCACUGACCCCAACAUGCUGGACAUUUUGAUCAGUUCCCACCCAGCCCUUGUCAACGCCAUCAUCCUGGUCCUGCACUCUGUAGCGGGCAGUAUGCCGGCUCAGUCCAGUGCCAGCUCAUCUCGAAAUGUUUCUGCAAGCUCUUACAGUGACAUGCCAGGAGGUUUCAUGUUUGAGGGCAUGUCUGAUGAUGAGGAAGAUUUCCAGACUGGGAGCCCAGCAGGUCCCUCCAGCAGAGCAGGAGCCUCAGCAGGUAUGCGGCCGGUGUCUCUUGGCCACAGCGGAGCGACAGGCCCUCGGCCUAUAACACAGAGUGAACUGGCAACUGCUUUGGCACUCGCAAGCACUCCUGACAGCAGUGCGGUCACUCCUACAACUGCAAGCCAGUCGGACCCCUCCAGUAGUGUGGCCCCUAUGCCAGCAGGGACCCCUGUCAGUAAUGAUCUUUUCAGCCAGGCACUACAGCAAGCUUUACAAGCCUCCAACAUGUCGGCUCUACAAGGCCGCUGGCAGUCCCAGAUGCAGCAGCUCAGGGACAUGGGGAUCCAGGAUGAGGAGCUGAUGCUGAGGGCGCUGCAGGCCACAGAUGGUGACAUCCAGGCUGCCCUGGAGCUCAUAUUUGCUGGUGGCCCAGGACUCUGAGCCCAUUCCCCACAGACAAAAGCUUUUAAAGGGGACAAAGCAGAGGGAAGAUUGUCAGCUUCUUUCCCAGAUGUUAUAAAUGAUUGCUUUGGACAUACAGCAUAUUGGUCUCUUUUAUUUGUACCUCACUGACCCAGCUUUUUUAAAAGUAACAUUUCUGCUGAGAUCUGCGGAGUUCAUGACAGAUUUAUAAUGUUGAAAAAUAAAUUUAGACAUGGUUA